CUGAGCAGUAGGCCUCUGAAAAGAGAGGAGUCCUUUAAAAGGCACCCCACACAGCACCAGGUCCCUCCUGCCUAAAGAUGUUCCACCAAAUUUGGGCAGCUGUGUUGUACCUUUAUGGCCUUCUCUUUAACUCCAUCUAUCAGUGCCCCGAGCACAGUCAAUUGACAACGCUGAGAGUGGAUGAAAACAAGUUCCCAGAUCCUCACCUGGGCCAGUGGUACUUUAUCGCAGGAGCAGCUCCCACCAAGGAAGAGUUGUCAACUUUUGACUCAGUGGACAAUAUCGUCUUCAACAUGUCUGCCAGCACUGUCCCAAUGCAGCUUCAGCUUCGUGCUGGCAUCCGCACGAAAAAUGGGCACUGUGUACCCAGGCAAUGGAUCUACCACUUGACUGAGAGGAGCACAGAUCUCAGAACUGAAGGCCGCCCUGACAUGAAGACUGAACUCUUCUCCAGCACAUGCCCAGGUGGAAUCAUACUGAAAGAAACGGAUCAGGGUUAUCAGCGCUUUCUCCUGUACAAUCGCUUGCCACACCCUCCAGAGAAGUGUGUGGAGGAAUUUCAGUCCCUGACCUCCUGCUUGGAUUUCAAAACCUUCUUAGUGACUCCUAGGAAUCAAGAGACCUGCAAACUGUCCAGUAGCUGAUCUAUAACUUCAUCUAUGCUCCCAGACAGACAUGAUGGGAGCUGAGUUGCUAGCAGGAGAAGCUGGAGUCUUAUCAACUCCUUUUCAGGAAAAAUAAAGAUGACUUUUAGUCCUCA